AUCGCAGCCGAACUCCGGAGAUCACUUCCCACACUCCCAUGCCAGGCAAAGAGUGGGGUGCCGGCAGUACCUAGGCAGGCAGAGGUUAGGAUCGCACUAACCCAGAGCCCGGCGUUUGUAUGAAUGGGAGGGCACUGCUAAAGCCUGGGAGGGUGCUGCUAUAGCCUGGGAGGGUGCUGCUAUAGCCUGGGAGGGUGCUGCUAUAGCCUGGGAGGGUGCUGCUAUGCGAGCAGUGAAGCAGCGGGAGGAGAUCGCUGGAUAGAAGCCUCUCACGCCUACUGGAGCGCUCCUGUGCCGGCUGGAGCCUGCCCGAUGGGGAUUUAAAUAGCAGCUGAUAAGCCCAAGCGCACCGUAUGCACGAAGUCCAGAGCAGUCCCUUCAGGGGAGCAAGGAGAUCGCCUGCCUGUGUGGGAGAGGCUACUGCCGAGCCGCCAAACAUGGGGGAACAACCGAUCUUCACCACAAAAGCACAUGUCUUCCAAAUUGAUCCCAGCACUAAGAAGAAUUGGGUCCCUGCAAGUAAACAGGCAGUUUCAGUUUCUUACUUCUAUGACAGCACAAGGAACAGCUAUAGAAUUAUCAGCGUCGAUGGGACCAAGGUAAUUAUAAACAGCACAAUAUCGCCCAAUAUGACCUUUACUAAGACAUCUCAGAAGUUUGGGCAGUGGGCAGACAGCAGAGCAAAUACAGUCUUUGGCCUGGGAUUUGCCUCUGAACAGCAGCUGUCAAAGUUUGCAGACAAAUUUCAAGAAGUCAAAGAAGCAGCAAAGUUAGCACGGGACAGAUCUCAAGAAAAGAUGGAGACCUCAAGCAAUCACUCCCAGGAGUCUGGACGGGAAACUCCAUGUUCAACUCGCGCAUCAAGUAUUAAUGGAACAGAUGAUGAAAAAGCUUCUCAUGGGGAGCCGCCUGAUGCAGAGCUGAAGAUUGAGAAUGAUAAACUGAAGACUGCCCUAGCACAAAGCUCCUCCAAUGUGAAGAAAUGGGAGACUGAGCUGGAAACACUAAGAGAGAACAACGCCAGGCUGUCAACUGCCCUUCAGGAAUCCAUUGCCAGUGUAGAACAUUGGAAGCGACAGUUUCUGAGCUGUAAGGAUGAGAGUGAUCAGCUCAGAAAUAAGAUUGGAGAACUUGAGGCACAAUGUGAUGAGAUAGAGAAGGAAAAAGAGAGGAACAAGGAGCUCAGCAACAGAUUACAAGAACUGGAAGUUGAAAUCCAAGACAAAGAAGCAGAACUGGAAGACCUCAGGAAACAAAGUGAACUUCUUCCCCAGCUGAUGGCAGAGUGUGAAUCUAUGACUGAAAAGCUUCAGGAUACUGAGAUGAGGAAUCAGGAGCUGGAAGAGAAAGUAAGGACUCUGAAAAAGGAUAUGGAUGAGAGCAGGCACAGACAUGGGCACUUGAAAUUGGAACUCAAACAUUUUUUGAAUGUAUUUGAUGGAAAAAUGGAUGACUUGCAUGAAUUACGUCAAGGACUUUCCAAAUUACAAAUUGAUAACUAGUCCCACUAGGGUGUUGUGGAUAUGUCUUCACAUGGUAGGGUGUGCAAACCACUUGAAACACAGGGUUGGAGGAUGCUGUGCUCACUGCUUUGAACCUUUUUCUAUUACAUGCAAAUUGCUGGGAUUCAGACUGUGUUUUUUUAAUUCAGAUUGGCAACCAAUAGCUGCCUAAGACUCUAAGCCAUUUGUUUCAAUUACUACAGAAUCUGUCUAGGGUUAGACUCGGUGUAAUGUGACGGACAAGUGAUCAUAGCACUCGGCGUAAAUGGAUAGGACACAAAAGUGGCAUGGUAAUUGUUCCUGUCACAGCACAUAUUCCUUUGCUCACAUCAGUGCAGAGUAAAUGAAGCAGGUCAGAAGGUCUGUGGAAGGGCUGGAGAGUGGUAGGCCCCAGUGCAAAAAUGUUUCUCAGCCCUUGCUUCAUAGGAAAAGAAAAAUCACAUAGAGUGCCCCUAAAGUGCAGGGCCACAGUUUAGCACCACCAGCUAUAAUAAAGGCAGCUCCACCUUGAAUCUACACUGCCUCCUAUAGCCCCAGGAAGACUAGAAUGAAUGCACUGCAAUAAACAAACUAAGCACAUAGCCAGGAACAUGAUUAUUUUACUGCUUCAAAUACCAAGUUGGAGUAAUCAGAGAUACACUGACAGAGGCAGAUGCCAUAAACACUAUUCAUCUUCUAAGUGAUAAGGUUUCUUUCUGAAUACCAGGGGUCCUUUACCUAUGGGUCUGAUCUAAAUGCAGGUUGCCAUGCUCUUAAUGGUUGCUCACCAUAAUCCCCUUAAAUACAAUGGCAUUAUUUCCUAUUAUAUAUUAAAUUUGUGAAAUAUAAUAAUAAUAAAUUGUACACUUCUAGUAUACAUUUUUACAUAUAAACUGGUGCAAAGCUGACUAACUUAAUUUUAGUUCCCCAACUAGACACUGUUUGUGAUUAAAGUAAAUAUAAUUAUUCCUCAUGUCUUAUUUAUAAUAAAAUUUCUCUUCCAUUUUUAGUUUGAUAA